UGAACAGUUUGUCCUGCCGAGACAUCAUUCAUCUAACAGAGCUUCAAUGCUGCUUCUUCUGCUCCUGCUCUUCAAGAAAAUUCUCUGUCAUGGGCCAAGCACAGUAGUGCUAUAUGGACCUCUCCCAUUAUUUCACACUUUCUUAAUGGUCAUUUCUCUCUCAGCUACCCAAGUUCUAGGACCCCAUCAUCCAGCAGCAGAAGAGCCCCUCUCCUUUCGCAUGCUCCAGAUCUCCUCCUUCGCCAACCACAGCUGGGCACACACCCAAGGCUCAGGCUGGCUGGGCGAGCUGCAAACUCAUCGCUGGGACAAUGCCUUGGGCACCAUCCGUUUUCUGUGGCCAUGGUCCCAGGGUAAUUUUAGCAAGGAGGAAUUGAAGCAUAUCCAGGCACUAUUGCAGUUGUACUUCCAUAGUUUCCCUCUGGAAGUGCAGGCAUUUUCCAGUCAGUUUCAGUUUGAAUAUCCCUUUGAGCUCCAGAUAUCAUUCGGCUGUAGAAUGCAUUCUGGGAAGGCUUCAGGCAACUUCUUAAAUGGGGCAUAUCAAGGAUCAGAUUUCCUGAGUUUCCAAGGAAAUUCCUGGAAGCCAUCUCCAGGAGCAGGGAGUCGGGCUCAGAAUGUUUGUAAUGAGCUUAAUCACUACCGAGUUAUUAAAGAAAUUGUGCAGAGCCUUCUCAUUGACACCUGCCCUCGAUAUCUGGCUGGCCUCAGGGAAUCAGGGAAGUCAGAACUGGAGAGACAAGUGAAGCCAGAAGCUUGGGUGUCCAAGGGCUCUAGUCCUGGUCCUGGCCGUCUGCUGCUGGUGUGCCAUGUCUCUGGCUUUCAUCCAAAACAUGUGUGGGUGAUGUGGAUGCGGGGUGAGCAGGAGCAAUCAGGCACUCAGCAAGGUGAAGUCUUGCCCAAUGCUGACAGAACAUGGUAUCUUCGAGUAACCCUGAAUGUGGCAGCUGAAGAGGCUGUUGGCCUGACUUGCCGUGUGAAACACAGCAGCCUAGGAGGCCAUGAUAUAAUCAUCCACUGGGAUGGAUACCCCAUCCUCCUGAUAUGUAUCUGUUUGGCUGUAUUAGUUACCCUGGUUAUCUUGGUUGUGAUUAACUCAUGGUUUAAAAAGCAGAGCUCAAAUCAGAACAUCUGCCCUCCCCAUGUAUCCAAACCUAUCUUUCCCACAGAAGCCAACAUCCAAGAACCUAGUAAUUCAGGAAGUUUUCUCUGCUUAGCACAGAAAUUAUGGAUCAAAAACAGAUUACAGAAGAAAUGAAAG